AUGCCAGGCCAGCAUGAGCCGCAGUCUUCGAGAGUGUCUUCGAGGCAGCGGCUUCAGGCAGCGAAGGAGCGGACGCAGAGAUCUUGGGCUUGGUUCAAAAAUCUGGAUGGUGUUCGCUGCGUGCGACAGAUCACACAUGGCUUGAUGAAGCGGGUGAACCGUUCUCUGGUCCUCGGCUUUUUGCUCUGGGACAUGGCUGUUUCGACUGGAAUGACAUUCUUCUACUUCAUGCACGACAACAUCGCAAAUCUGGGGCUGGUCAAUGAGCACUUUGUGCGCUUGAUCGGCAUUUUUCGGUUGCUGGCAGUUGUCGCGGGGCUUGUGGUGGUCCUGCGGAGAAAGCACCGCCUGGUUCGACUUUUCUUCACCUCGUUCAUCCUCAACUGGAUUGUUCUGGGUGUGAUUUUCUUGGUUCCGGUGGUUCGACUACAGUGCUCUUGCGUUGACGGCACCUGGGAGCAGUGCAAUGCCAUGCAAGACUUCUGGGAAACAGGCCUCCACAUAAACUUCAAACCCGCGCCAGAGAAGUGGCAAGUAAAGCAAGACGGCCACCUCAACAAGUACAUAAAAGUGCAGCCCAUGCCGAAGACGGAUCAGGAGAAGACAGACGCAUUGACAAAGCUUCUGUUUGCCACAUCGCAGGAUGGCCGCAGCCUUCUGGAGCGCAGAGAACGGAACGAGGUCUCCCGCCUGCCGAAGCGACUGCAGGGCUACAAGUCGGCGGAUCAUUUAGGCCAGUCCGCGUCCUUCUGGGCCAUCCGACAGCGCCCAACAGCCUUGCUUCAAGCUCACACCAGCGACGAUAUGCAUCUGCAUGGAAGCAUCUGGGAAAACUUCAGGAUACAUGAAGAGGAUCCCGACGCAGGGAAUGCAAGCUCCGCGCAGAAUUCGACCGCUGUUCGAUGCGAGGAGCAAAUUUUCAAAGGAAAGCAAGGCCGCUCCUUGAUGGAAGAGGCGAUGCUCCAGAAGAGUUCUUCUUCGAUUAGGAACUCCACGCAAUUCGCCAAGAUGCUGCUGCGGAAGAGCCUUACAGAUCAGCUCAUCGACAAGGUCCACGUUACAAUGCGGCAGGUGGUGCAAAAUCUUCUCAAUCAGCCAGAGUUCGAAGCCAUUAUCUGCGAAUAUGCCAAACACCACCAUGAUUUCCAUCACAAUGAUUCGGAUAAAAUCGGCAAGCGCCACAAGAUGAGGAAACUUACGGGGGCCAUGCUGAAGCAGGGCGCUUUGGCGACGGAUGAAACAUCAGAGCAAGGGCAUGUGCCGGCGGCUUCAAGGACUGUCCAGCAGGGUACCUAUCGCUUGCUCCAGUCAGAACUGGAGGGAAUGCCCUCGAGGGCAGGUAUGCAAAGGCUCAGCGAAAUGUACAAGGAGAUAUGCCGCUGUGCUGACUUAGACAGCUGCAGGCUAAGCGAACCCGAUGCUUUCUGGUGUUAUGUGGAUGAGAGCACGCUUCAAGGGUGCAAGGCAGAGGGCAUUAAGCUUCGGAAGGAUCCAAGCAACAGGACUUGGAGUAAAGACCUCUGCGACAAGCGAUCAUGUGAGCCUGCGGGCCUUGGCAUGAAGCCACGCAGCAAAAAGGACCUUGAUGUGAAGAGACAUCACUACCUUGAUGACGAUAACACGAUCAUGAGGUAUGGAUCAGACUGUGAUAUCUGGAAGCACACAGACCCAAUGGAAUGGGCAUACGUCGGGUUUGACACCACCUGCAUCGAGCGAACGCGGAGGGUCGUCCCCAAGAACGACUGGCCGGAGGGCCUGCCGUAUAUGUUCUUGUCCUGGACAGCGUGUACAUCCAAUAUGCUGUCUGACACGAAGCUCCCUGACGGGACGGUAGGAGGCUUGUACCACGUGAAGAUUCGAUGCACUUGGUACCAGAUGGUUGUGGAAACUUUCCUGAUUCUCGAUUUGAUCUUUACGGUUCCCAUGAUGGUGAUCAUGUACUAUUUCAUUGCAAACCGCUGCGCUGACAACUUGGAAGUCGAGCAGCAGUUCGCCCCCGUAGAUGACUCGUCCGAUUCAUCUGAAGAGUUUCAUCCAGAAGCUCCAGACCGCCAUGAACAUCAAAGACAACAGUCGGAACGUCCGCCAUCGCACUCGGGAUCAGAGACUCAGGGCGUGCUGGAGGCAUCAUCCAGUGCAUGA